AUACAACUUCCUUUAAUUGCUUUCAGUUUGCAAUGAGCCGUCUUCUCGAGCAGCCCAGCAUUGCGAUGUCCCUUAAGUCGUCGUCAGGUAGUCAAUUAUCUUCGGGUGCUGCAGUUGGCGGCAAUGCAACUGGAUUAAACGUCAGUACCACAGAGGCUGCAGUACAAAGCCAAACAGAAGCGAAUACCAAACAAUUAACGGUAACCAGCGCAACGGCGAAUAAUAAUGCCAACACAAUUUUCGAUGAAGUUUUCAUUAGUUUAGUUUCCGGUUCAGCCGCUGGAGCUUUAGCGAAAACCACUAUUGCACCGCUGGAUCGCACGAAAAUCAACUUUCAAAUUAGUAAAAAUGUUCCCUACUCAUUCAAGGCUGCGGUAAACUUUUUGAGAAAUACCUACGAAAAAGAGGGUAUCUUGGCGUUAUGGCGCGGCAAUUCGGCUACAAUGGCGCGCAUUGUGCCUUAUGCAGCCAUACAGUUUACGGCACACGAACAAUGGCGGAAAAUACUACAAGUGGAUAAGGACGGCAGCGACACUAAAGGCAGACGUUUUAUAGCUGGAUCCUUGGCUGGCAUAACUUCUCAGUCGUUGACAUACCCACUCGAUUUGGCACGCGCCCGCAUGGCUGUCACAGACAAAUACACUGGCUAUAAAACACUUCGUCAAGUUUUUGUCAAAAUUUGGGUGGAAGAAGGGCCACGCACUCUUUACCGAGGUUAUUUUGCAACCGUACUGGGUGUGAUACCAUAUGCAGGAGUAUCCUUCUUCACCUACGGCACACUUAAGCGUGAAUAUUAUGAGGUGACAGGAAACGCUAAACCGAAUACUCUAGUCUCACUGGCAUUUGGUGCUGUUGCUGGUGCAGCGGGUCAGACUUCUAGCUAUCCGUUGGACAUAGUGCGUCGGCGAAUGCAAACAAUGGGUGUCAAUAAAGGCGCUAAUAAUCAAUAUCGCACCAUAUACUCAACACUGAAGAAGAUUUACAAGGAGGAAGGUAUCAAGAAUGGCUUUUACAAAGGCCUUAGCAUGAACUGGAUUAAAGGCCCAAUUGCGGUUGGCAUCAGCUUCUCUGCCUACGAUUUAAUUAAGGAAUUUCUUAGGGAAUUAUUCCAUUUGAAACGUGGCCGAUACGAUGCUUAGAUCAUGAAGCUGUUAAUUUUGUAUCUUAAUUUAUAUUUUGUUAUAUAUCUACAUAAUUUUUUUUUUUUACUUGAUAAAUGGCAAACGGCACAGAACCGUAUAGCGAAGAACUUAUAAUUUAUAAAUGAGUAUUUUUAUACAUUAUUGCUGUUUUCAUAAACCGCGUCAACGUAAAUGGUUCAAUUAUCAAUUCUAGAUAUACAAAUAUAUGUAUGUAGGUACAUGCGAGUACGUUCGAGUAUUUUCAGAGCAAUCUGUCAUAUACUAAAAUAUUACCCGUUUAGAUUCGAAUUUGUCGAGAGCCGAGUUUUGUUCCUUUUUAUAUGUGCUAAUAUUUAAAUUUAUAUAUAACGAAAUGCGAUUAAUUUAAUUUACAUAUGCGAGGGUCGCCACUUAAAAAGUGUUUAGAAACGUCAACACUAUGUGAAUAUGUCAAAUCUGGCAUUGUCAUUGCAAAGUUGGGCAUUUUUAAUGGUUAAGGUACUGAGAGCGUUUUGUCAUACGAGAGCUAUUUGUGUUGUUAUCAGAUUGAAAAGAGCUUACGAGGUCACUGUUUUUCCAUGACUUUAGAAGCGAUCGAUGCGUUCAAAUCACAUGUUUUGAAAUGAAUGCUUACAAGUAUCUGUAUAUGUGUACCAUUAUAAAUGUCUAUCUUUACGAUGACAGUUUCAGAUUUGGCACAUUCACAUUAGUUUUGACGUAUCUAAACACUCAAAUAGCAAUCCUCGUACAUACAUAUGUAACUGUAGUAAGCACAAUGCGACAAUAAAUCUAAACUGAUUUUUUUUUAACAGCAUAUACUAUGUAUCAUAAUCCAUUAAAAUAUGUAUUAGGUAUGUAGUAUGUAAAUAAGCGAAUGCGUUUAACAGCAGAAAUUGUAUAGUACUUUGUAAUGUUUUGUAUUGAUAAAGAUGUAUGAUGAACGAUAUUAAUGCAUAUAUGUAUUUACAAACAUAUAUAACUAAAAUGCUUAAUUUCAAACCUACAACUUUAUGCAGUUAGGUUGCAUAAGAAAUAUCGCACACGUUUUUUAAAAGUAUAUUGAUUCGAAAUUGGUAAUUAUUGAUAUUAUGAAAUGAAAAUUUCAACACAUAUAUAUAUGUAUUUACUUUCAGCAAAAACUGAAGUAAUACUAUUGAAAUUUUUUGCUCAGAAAAAGGGUUUUUGAGUUUUCUGUUAAACUGGGUUUUUCGAGUUGAUACACUUUUGGAGAACGUGUACGAUAUGUCUGCAUAUGUACAUAAACGAAUGGUAACGCUAUUGUUAAAGUUUCAUAAGUCUUUUGAUGAGUUUUUCAUUGUCUAAUAUGCGAUAAAUAAAUGGCAAGCUAAAAUGAG